AUGCGUUAUCGUGCACCAAGUUAUGGAAUUAAGCCUCCAGCGCCUGCUCCUACAAGUACAAAACGAACGUUGCUUAUCAUUUGUGCAGUAAUUACCAUUGUGGUUGGUUCCUUAUUGGUCAUUCUCGGCAUUGGACUUGGAGUAGGACUUGGAUUAGGUUUGCACACCUCAAGUUCAAGUUCAAGUUCAGCUCAGUCCACAUGCAGUGCUAAAGCUACGUGUGGUUGUCCGUCUGUUCAACCUACGAUAUCCUCUCGUAUUGUGAAUGGAAACACUGCUGCAUCAAAUAGUUGGCCAUGGAUGGUUGCACUUAACAUGACCAAUGGUCGACUCUGUGGUGGUACAUUAAUUACCUAUCAACAUAUUCUUACCGCAGCACACUGUGUAUAUGAUGUAACAAGUGAUUCAAUUCUUGCAUACGCAGGUAUUCAGAAGCUUUCAGAAAAGUCAAGUGGAGAGAUACGGAGUAUUUCUACGAUCACUAUUCAUCCGAAUUACUCCAAUGUCACAAAAGUAAAUGAUUUGGCAAUACUUAAAUUGUCCUCUCCAUUGAGUGCCGGUACAAAAGUUGGUUUAUGUUGCUUACCGUCAAAUAAUGCAGCACCUACAAUCGGUGAUACACCUGUUUAUAUCGGAUGGGGUCGAACAGCAGCUACUUCUAAUUUCUCCGACAAUUUACAACAGACAACUACACGUGUGGUAGCCUCAUCACUUUGCAACUAUACAUCAAUAACUGACAAUCAAAUAUGUACUGGUAAUACUACAAGUGUUGCAUGUUAUGGUGACAGUGGCAGUCCUUUAAUGAUGAAAAUCAAUAAUGCAUGGACGUGUGCCGGGGUGGUGAAUAUGGGAUUGUUAACUUGUGAUUCUUAUGUUGUUUUCACUCGAGUAGCACCGUAUACCUCGUUUAUCUCAAGUGCAACAUCUAGAUGA